AGGAGCACAAGGAGGAAUAAUCCCCUAGUGGUCAGAACCAGCUGACAGCAAUAAGGUGCCUCAUUGCAUCCCACCCUGCCUUGCCUGUCUGGCGGGGAGAGGGUGAGCUGCCUUUCUGCAGCUCUCCUGAGCUGGAGAUUGAAGGAUGCCAGGGAGGAAAAGGUGAAGCUGGGGAUGUACACAGGUACAGAAGCCAAUUUGCACUGUGGAUGUUGUUGUCACUUUCUCCUGGGCCUCUUCCAAGUCUUUUGAAACCAGAUGACCUGAACUGCAAAGAACAUUCACAGAUUUAUAGUGGCAUCUUUCCUUUUUGCUUCAUCUCCUCUCCUGGAAACUGAUGGACUGGCUUUUCUCAUGCUGCUGAACACUUCACAGGACUCUCUCUCUCAAGGUUUUGUUCCUGAGUGAUAUUGUUGAGCUCAGAGUAGAUAAUCAUCCCGGCAGGGCAGUGGCCCUCAGCUGUCACUCCCAGAACAGGUGCUGUAAACCAACACCCUGCUGGGUGUGCUUUGGCAGCACAGCCCCCUCUCAAGAGACUCCGAGUGCUUUGUGCGUGCCUCCAUCUGUAUGACUGCGGCAAGAGGAUGAUGAAGGUCCGUUGUGUGCUCCUCCUCCUCAUCUGCACAGCUGGGCUGGCCCUGGGCUAUGAGGACGAGACCCGCCUGGUGGAGGACUUGUUCAGUAACUACAACAAGGUGGUGCGGCCUGUGGAGGACCAUCGCGAGGCCGUCGUCGUCACCGUGGGGCUGCAGCUCAUCCAGCUCAUCAGCGUGGAUGAAGUAAAUCAGAUUGUGACAACCAAUGUGCGCCUGAAACAGCAAUGGACAGACGUCAACCUCAGAUGGAAUCCAGAUGACUACGGUGGCGUAAAAAAAAUCCGCAUCCCCUCAGAUGAUAUCUGGCGGCCAGACCUUGUUCUUUACAACAAUGCAGACGGGGAUUUUGCCAUUGUAAAAUACACCAAAGUCCUUCUGGAGCACACAGGUCGGAUCACCUGGACACCACCAGCCAUUUUUAAGAGUUACUGUGAAAUCGUAGUCACACACUUCCCCUUUGACCAGCAGAACUGCAGCAUGAAGUUGGGAACUUGGACAUACGAUGGCACAGUGGUUGUUAUUAACCCGGAGAGCGAUCGUCCAGACCUGAGUAACUUCAUGGAGAGCGGGGAGUGGGUGAUGAAGGACUACCGUGGCUGGAAGCACUGGGUUUACUACGCCUGCUGCCCUGACACGCCCUACCUGGACAUCACCUACCACUUCCUCAUGCAGCGCCUGCCCCUCUACUUCAUUGUCAACGUCAUCAUCCCCUGCCUGCUCUUCUCCUUUCUAACAGGGCUCGUUUUCUACCUACCCACAGAUUCAGGUGAGAAAAUGACCCUCAGCAUCUCUGUCCUGCUGUCCCUGACUGUGUUCCUGCUGGUCAUCGUGGAGCUGAUUCCCUCCACCUCCAGCGCAGUGCCUCUGAUUGGCAAGUACAUGCUGUUCACCAUGGUGUUUGUCAUCGCCUCGAUUAUCAUCACCGUCAUCGUCAUCAACACCCACCACCGCUCCCCCAGCACGCACACCAUGCCCCCCUGGGUCAGGAAGAUCUUUAUUGACACAAUCCCAAACGUCAUGUUUUUCUCUACAAUGAAACGACCAUCAAGAGACAAACAAGACAAAAAUAUUUUUUCAGAAGAUAUUGAUAUUUCUGACAUUUCUGGGAAGUCAGGUUCUGUGCCUGUCAACUUCUACUCCCCGCUUACCAAAAACCCAGAUGUGAAAAAUGCUAUAGAGGGAAUCAAAUACAUUGCAGAAACAAUGAAAUCGGACCAAGAAGCCAGUAAUGCUGCAGAAGAAUGGAAGUUUGUUGCAAUGGUGCUUGAUCAUCUCCUCCUUGGCAUAUUUAUGCUAGUUUGUUUUAUAGGAACAUUAGCUGUAUUUGCUGGUCGCCUUAUUGAAUUAAAUCAGCAAGGAUGAACGUCAGCUGGAAACUAUUUGCUGCCCUAAACAUCUGAGAGCAUCAUGACCAUCAGAAUCUGGCCAGCCUCUGAAAGGUUCACUGACAGGAAUCAGUAACCACUGGGAAAGAGCAGGGAUAAUAAAACGUAAGGCCCCAUACUUAGCACGUCUGAGCUGCUGCUCAGCAGUAUUUAACUGCCAAAAAGAAACACUUGCAUUAGUGGUAAAAGUGAAUGGCUGUCAGCCAGGUUUUGUUGUGUUUUACCCUUUAUUAAAAAUGUUAAUGUAUAAUAA